CAGAGAGAGAGGGUUUGUUCGUGUUCAUAUUUGGGUAAUUAGAGAGAGGAGAAGAGAAAUGUGCAUAGCAGUGUUUGUGUGGCAAUCGCAUCCGCUUUACCCUUUUCUUCUCUUUUUGAAUAGAGAUGAAUAUCACAACAGGGCGACUGAACCGCUGCGUUGGUGGGAAGACGGAGAGACGGUGGGAGGAAGAGACCUAGCUGGCGGCGGGACGUGGCUAGGAUGCACGAGGCAUGGCCGUAUCGCUUUCCUCACCAAUUUCAAGGAGACCUCCUCUUUCCCGGAUGCUAAGUCCCGUGGAGAUCUCCCUCUUCGUUACUUGCAAAGCCGAAAGAGCCCUACCGAGUUUGCGGAGGAGAUACAAGAGGAGGUUUCUAUGUACAAUGGCUUCAACCUAGUUGUAGCUCAUGUCUUGUCCAAAUCCAUGGUUUACAUUACCAACCGGCCACGCCACGGUGAUAAGGAUAAGCUCGUGACACAAGUCUCUCCGGGGAUCCAUGUCCUUUCCAACGAUAGCCUCGACUCUCCUUGGCCCAAGUAUCUAAGGCUGAGAGAGGGUUUCAAAAGGCUUCUAUCUAACAAUGAGGGUGGUGAAUUCCCGGUAAAGGCCAUGGUGGAGGAGGUGAUGACUGAUACUGUUAAGGACCAAGAACCCGAGCUGCCUCACGUGUUCACACCAGAGACGGAAUACCAAAUCAGCUCAAUCUUCGUCGACUUGCUUAUACCAGCUGGGCGUUUUGGGACCAGAAGCAUCUCGGCGCUUAGCAUUAAGACCCAUGGUGAGGUUUGUUUCUACGAGAGGCACCUUGAACAAGGUGAUUCCUGGAAGGAACACACUGAACAUUUUGUGAUACCAAAUAGAAGCAUUGUUUAACAGACAUUAGUUUGUUUGACUGAGAUAAUUUGUGAAGCACAAAAUAGUAAACACUAAACAUAGCUAUUGUGUGUUUUAUUUACUCCAAGUUCCAACAAUCAAAAGACAAAAGACAAAUAGAAUCACAACAAAACCAU